AUGGCUGCCGCGCAACUCGGUGGCUUACCUGCUCGGGCGGAUCAGUCCCCACUCCGCUCCUUGGCCACCACGCUGCUAACUCAGCCAAGAUUGACAGGCGAUUGUCCCCUGGGCCCUACCUUACAUCCGGCUAGCUCAGUUUUGCAUGGGCGAACGCUCCCAAAGGUCCUACGGGCCAGGAUGGUGACUAUUGCCAGCUUCCUGCUGAGAAUGUUCCAUGCAAACAAAUACCUUGGCACCCUUGAUGGCUCAAGGGACCCCUCGUCAUAA